AUGGCAAUAUCUAAGAAUGAUUUGAACAUCUUUGCCCUUCUAGUGACACUUGUUAUUUUGGAAACAGGGAACUUAAUUGAAUUUUCAUGUCUGGUUUCACCGGAACACAAAGAGGAAAACUUUCAGCAAAGAAGAAAUGUGCUCAAAGGCCAGUGGAAUUACAUUAUUGAUGUUGUAGUGAAUGCCUCUAAUUUAGAGACAUUUGAGCAGAUUCGGUCUUCCUUGAAUGCUACUGGUCUUCCCAUACAACAUGAUAACAACACACAGAUCUCUGACAUUAGCAUCACAAUAGUGUGUUCCUCACCUGGCACUGGCUUCCAGUGUAGAUGUGAGGAACAAUUUGCUUGGCCAUACAGCACCUGUGCUACAUAUGGAGCCUGUGAUUACAUAUCCAGUUGGAUGUGUAAAUGUAUCAAUGCCAUUCCAGCUAGUGGCCAGUCCUGUCAGCCAAUAUUAGCACUUCUAACUCAGGUUGAGUAUGAAGUGGAUCUGGAGCUGCCUGUGACAGAUGUUGGGACAGACUACCUUAGGAGCCUACUGAACAAUGGCAGCUUUUCCCUGGCUCUGGGUCCUACUGUAAAUUUCACAUAUAUUGACAUCAUCACAGGUAAGAAUGGAGUUUCUGCUGGUUUGAUGAGUGCUACUUUUGAUAAUGAAAGUGCUGGAUGUAUUAACAGUAUUCCAACCAGUGGGCAAUACUUCCAGCCAAAGAUAGUUGACUACUUACUUUAUGAAUACCAAAUUUUCAUUGAGGUGAAUAAUACAGAUACAGAUCAACUGAGAAACAACCUCAAAAAUAUAACUUUUCCAGUCCAAAUCAGCAUGCAAAUAAACAUCUCAGUUGCUGAUAUAACUACAGGUAAGAGCAAAUAUUUUAGCUUCAGAAGACUAUGUGAUGUUGAUACAAACAACACAUGCAGUUGCAUCAAAGCUAUUCCCAAAGAUGGACAAUACUAUCAGUCAUUACACCAUCAACCUCCUCCAGUUGUUUGUGAAUACCUAAUUUCUAUUGAAUUAAACAUCUCAGAUGUUACACUAAUAAAUCAACUGAGGACCACGCUGAGCAAUGUCAGUUACCCCAUCAGCAACAGCAACCACAUUCAAAUCUAUGACAUCAACACUUCUACAGUUUGCUUUCCAAGAAGUGAUGUUUACCAGUGCAGAUGUGAGGAUCAGUAUCGUUGGUCAUGUUACCAAUGUUUACUGUAUGGAUCCUGUGACAGCAUCACUGUUGACACAUGUGGAUGCAUCAAUGCUAUCCCUCCUGAUGGACAAUAUUGCCAGUCUACUGACCAGCACACUUCUACAAUUGUGUAUGAGUACCUCAUUUCUGUUGAGUUGAACAUCUCAGAUGUUACACAAAUCGAUCGACUGAGGACCAUUCAGACAAACAGCUACCCCAUCAGCAUCGACAAACAAAUCCAAAUCUUUGAUGUCAACAUUUAUAAAGCUGGUAGUGUGACUCUUAGCUUAAAAACAUCAGACGCCACAAGCCUUACAACAACUACUAGUACCAAGGCUACUACUAUCCCCACCACGACCACUACCAUGGCUGCUAGCACUAUCCCCACCACCACUACCAGUUCAGCUGCUACCGGAUUCAAUGUGGAAAUGUCGAUCAGAUUAGACAAAGAAUACACGGCAGGAUUAAAUGAUUUAACGAGUUCUGAGUACAAAGAAUUUAAAUCAAGGAUUCAGUCAGUGGUAAAGAAACAGUAUAAAGAAAUCACAGGCUAUAUCAGUGUGUUUGUGAAGGGAUUCAGAGAAGGAAGUAUAAUUACAGAUUUUGUUGUUCAGACAACACAAGUUGACCCUGAUGAAAUGGCCAAAGCAAAUCAAAAACUCCCACAAGCAAUACAUUCUAUUGCCCCUGUCAUUGGCUCAGUUUCUGCAUUUUACAAUAGUUCAACUUCAAUCAGUAUCCCGGAACUCACUUAUACUGGAAACAGCAUGAUGCUGACAUGUGGGACUCCAAAGAACAUUAAUGUGGGACAAAUAUCUAGUUCUAUGUGGAAAUUUAAAGGGCGUGAAAUUAAAGAGAGUGGAAGGAUUGAAAUAACUACUUCUAACAAUGUGUCUGUGCUUAAAGUUAACAACGUGAUUACUGCUGAUAGUGGACUUUACAGUUGUACGCUGAGCGGCAAAGCAAUGGAUUUCCUCCAAGAAGGAGUUGUAACACAAGCUAAAAUCAAACAAGCUCCCAUUAUGCGACUACAGAGUGGAGUUAACGUAAAAUGCAAAAACGGACAGAUACUACCCAUUAAGUGUUGCGUGCAGCAUCCCUACACAGUAAAGUGGUUUCAAGACAAAUUUCCUUUAAACUCAGUUCCUUUUAACGAUGGAGAAGCCAACUGCAUCAAGCAUGAUUACCAACUAGAACGGUGCAUUGGAUCACAGGAAGAUAAAAUACGAUUUAUUUGUAGGGUUGAUAACGCACCAAGUUAUGAAAUGACAACAAUAAUAACCAUUUUCAGAGACGAUGUCACGUGUAAUGAUGCUCAGUAUGGGACCGGGCGAGCAGGUGACAGAUCAAGCAUAGGAUGUGAGGAAGGUCAAGAGGGGAUCAAGACUGCGGUCUGUCAGGAAACAGGAGAGUGGAAACUUGAGAAGGACACCUGUAUUGUAACACAAAUUAAGGAAUUAUUCGUUGAUUCUCAGGAUUUGGUUGUGGAGGAAGUGACACAAUUUGUGGUGAAUCUAAGUAUAGCUGUCCAGCAAUACAAAACAGAAAUUGUAAAUUCAUCUGCAACCAUAUCAGCCAUUGUUGAAAUCCUAAACAUUGUUGCAAAUGUUUCGACUGCUGUCAAUGAAACGAUCAUGCAGAAUGUACUAAACACUGUUGAUGUCAUCAUUGGUGAUGAUGCAAGGGAGUCCUGGGUAGUUCUGAAUGCAAAUGAAACCCGCAAUUCCAGUUCAGCAUUACUGGGUUCACUGGAGACUAUUUCCAGUGAGUUGGUCGGGGAGUUUGCCAUUGUGACUCAACGGAUCCUGCUCAACAGAACCACCUUUGACAACUCCUUCAGGGCUGACCUGAACUCCAGCAUCGUCAUAGACAUUUCAAACACCAACAUGAGCAACGUCUUUAUUACCACCAUCACCCUCGCCACGCUUAAUAAUGUUAUGCCAGCACGGAACUCUACCUUUGAUGUCAGCCUCUUCAACUCCACCAAUGAAACUGCCAGUGAAAAUGCCAUCAAUUCAGCAGUGGUGCUUGUGAAAAUAAAUACAACAAUUCAGAAUGUCCUUUUGAACUACAACAAGCUGAACAACUCCUUGAUACUGAACCCCCAGUGCGUAUUCUGGAACUUCACACUCUUCAAUAAUCUCGGUGCUUGGGAUGAUGAAGGCUGUAAAUUUGUUUCUGACAUAAACAACACAGUAACCUGCAGCUGUAACCACCUCACCUCCUUCUCAAUUCUGUUGGCAACGGACAUCCCCCCAUCACAGAGAAAGGCCUUGGAUAUAAUUACCUAUGUUGGAGUUGGGGUAUCGCUUGUAAGCUUAGUUAUAGGUCUCAGUAUUGAGGGAUAUGUUUGGAAAGUCAUUACCAGAAAUAGCACUGCCUUCAUGCGUCAUGUGUCGAUUGUUAAUACUGCCCUGUCUCUGUUGAUUGCUGACAUCUGUUUCAUCAUCGGGGCCUCUAUAGCAAAGAACCCCCCGGAAAACCCAGGGGAGGACUAUAAAGUUCCACUUGGACCGUGUAGCACAAUAACAUUUUUUAUGCACUUUUUCUACCUUGCUCUAUUCUUUUGGAUGUUCGUGUCAGGCCUUCUACUUUUUUACCGGACGGUCAUGGUCUUGUCGCGCAUGUCCCAGGCAAACAUGUUGGCCAUUGGUUUCAGUUUAGGCUAUGGCUGCCCUCUGAUUAUAGCUGUUAUUACUGUUGCAGUCACAGCACCAGGGAAUGGAUAUAUCAGGAAAUACGAUGCUUGUUGGCUGAACUGGAUUGAGACAAAGGGCCUUCUUUCCUUGGUGAUACCUGCUUUGACCAUAGUUUUCAUUAACAUUUUAAUUGUCAUUGUGGUCUUGUUCAAAAUUUUGCGAAGAGGUGUGGAGGACUCUACCCAAAUAGAUGAAAAACAUACACUUGUAGUCCUUGCAAGAUGUGUGGUCAUUUUGACUCCUUUAUUUGGACUGACCUGGUCUUUGGGAGUGGGAACCACGGUUUCAUCAAAUGAAGGAAUCCAUAUUGCCUUCGCAUUCUUCAAUUCACUACAGGGUUUCUUCAUUUUAGUGUUCGGGACACUAUUCGAUUCAAAGAUCCGUUCUAUCCUCUCAAGGAGAUUAUCUUCACCAAGCAGUGGCUUUAAUCCAACAAGAAGUACGAGCGGCGGUAUUUCCGCUUUCAGUGGAAUAAAUAUGAUAAGUCGACUACGUGGAAGAAGACAUAUCUACCGUGUUUCCCAAGCGGCAAACUCAAGCAGUGGUGGUGCGUCGGAGUCAUUUGUCCAUAUCUGA